GCCGCCUUUCCGGCGUGUUGGGGCAGAAGGAAAAGGUCUAGGGGGCCGGCUUCUGUGACCUGCCAGAGCUUCCUCCCAGACUGGCCGAGGUUAAGAGACUUCUUGGCGCAAUCACGCAGGAGUCUUGAACCUUAAGAUUAACUCUGCUUCUGUCAAGCUCUGUGAACUCUGAGGCUAGUCGCUUCAGCUCCCAGACCCUGCUGUCCUUGUCUAGAAAAAGAAUCUGUCAGCUCCCCUUUUGGAACCGUGACAAUCAAAUGCCGAAGGAGUGAAGGUCCCCGUUUUCCAUUUGUCACAUGGUAGUGCGGCCGGAGCGUUUGCUGAGUCUGAAAACUCCUAGGUCCUUUGGUUCAUACCACUACAUCAAGUUCUAUUGAAUUGAGGGAUGAGCUAGAUAGCAUGGUCCCUGGCCUCCCUGAACUUUUUGGAUUUUGAAGUCAUCUCUAAGUGAAUUUGCAUGCCGGCUCUCUGGAACGCAGUAGCCUCUGACCAUUGACAAGUCAUUGAACUUGUGUUAUUUCCGCAUCUUCAAGUGAAGAUAAUAUUUUAUGAGGAUUCAGUGAAACAAGGUCCACUGAGCAAUGAAGGAAUUUCUCAGCCUCCAGCCAUGCGACUCUCUGCCUUGCUAGCCUUGGCAUCCAAGGUCACUCUGCCCCCCAACUACCGCUAUGGGAUGAACCGCCCAGGUUCCCUGGCAGACAAGAGGAGGAACCCUCCAGGGCUCAGGCGACGACGGGUGGCUGUGGAACCCAUCUCUGAUGAAGACUGGCAUCUGUUCUGUGGGGACAGGGUAGAGAUCCUAGAAGGCAAGGAUGCCGGGAAGCAAGGCAAAGUGGUUCAAGUUAUUCGGCAGCGAAACUGGGUGGUCCUUGAAGGGCUGAAUACGCAUUACCGUUACAUCGGCAAGACCAAGGAUACACGGGGAACCAUGGUCCAGAGUGAAGCACCCUUGCUCCACCACCAGGUCAAACUCGUGGAUCCUGUGGACAAGAAACCCACUGAGGUAGAGUGGAGAUUCACUGAAGCAGGAGAGCGGGUACGAGUCUCCACAAGAUCAGGAAGAAUUAUUCCCAAACCUGAAUUUCCCAGAGAUGAUGGUAUCAUCCCUGAAACAUGGAUUGAUGGCCCCAAAGAUACGUCAGUGGAAGAUGCUCUAGAAAGAACCUACGUGCCCUCUCUAAAGACCCUGGAGGAAGAGGUGAUGGAGGCCAUGGGGAUCCAGGAGACCCGGAGACACAAGAAGGUCUAUUGGUAUUGAGGAGUCUGAAGGGCAGCUUCUCUCCUCCUUGUCUUGCCUUAGCUGGGCUCGUCUUCUUCAGAUACCAAUAAAGAG